AAGGUCGACUGCGCCGGAACGCAAAGUUGGGAAACCUUUGAAUGAUCAAGAAGCAAUUCAUCAAUUCGUGCUUCGUGAUCGUCAAGGCCCCGAGCGUCGCAGAGGUGCGAUUCCGCGGACUACAUGUGGUGCUACAUAAUUUCUGCGUGCAGUCGUGGACCCUUCUGAGCGCUCUGCUGUGUAUAUGGGUGUGCUGCUGCUGCUGCUGGUACGCGGCCUUCGACAGCCUGCUUGCUGCUUGCUGGAUGUGCGGCACAGACACGAGUCACGACUGUGAACUUCUUUUCUAGCGCCACCACACGAGAUCAGCUAUUCGCCCGGGGCGCUAGGCUUGGUGCUUUACCGUGCACCACCUGUGCGCAUGCAGGAGUCACCCAACCGUGGUGUGUCCGUGGCCUGCUGAGCUGAGCUGUACGGUACCGGUACCUGCCUGCAUUCGCGAUUGUAAUUAGACUUCUUGGUGGUGACGCUCGGAUUGGUCAGCAGCAUUUCACGAU